CUCCGGGGACGAGCACCGCCGCAGCUGCAGUACCGGGGGUAGGGCGCAACUCCAGGGGGCCGCGCAGCUCCGGAGAAAGGCGUCGCUGCCUCAGCCGCCGCCCGAGGUAGCGCAAGAGGAGAAGCAGCAAUGUAAUCUGUUAAAUGCCAGCGCUGCGCCCUGAUGUCAUCGUGGAAAUUGCGCUGCUCAGCGACGCGCUGAGCGAGAGCCCUCUUGACAUUCAUAAUUUGUUUUAUUCAGAGCAUCAUCCCGGCUCCAGUUUCUGUUGCUGCCCAAAGCCUAGCAGUUUUCCCUGCAACACGACUCGUUUGUGCCACAGUAUUUGGUAGCGUUCAUCUGGGCUCUGACGACAAUACGUGACCUGUGUAAAAAUGCUCCGAUAUUGGGGUGAGAUACCGGUUUCAUCUAACCAGGCCAACCGCAGCUCCUUUGACCUGCUUCAGCGUGAGUUUCGUACGGUGGAAGUCCAAGAUCCUCCGUUGCAUCAGCCAUCUGCAAACAAACCCCGGCCGACCACCAUGUUGGACAUCCCCUCAGAGCCCUGCAGCCUCACAAUUCACACCAUUCAGCUCAUCCAACACAACAGGCGGCUGCGCAGCCUGAUCGCCAUGGCUCAGGCUCAAAACCAGCAGCAAGCGGAGGGCAUAAAAACUGAAGACAAUGAACCCCUGCCAUCUUGUCCGGCCUCUCCACCUCUCCCUGAUGACCUGCUUCCUCUGGAUAGCAAAACCCCCAAAAUGCCAUUUCAGCUGAGGCACAGUGACCCAGAGAGUGAUUUCUACAGAGGCAGAGGGGAGCCAGUGACUGAGCUGAGUUGGUCCUCCUGCCGGCAGCUUCUUUACCAGUCAAUGGCCACCAUCCUGGCUCACACAGGCUUUGAGUGUGCCAAUGAGAGUGUUCUGGAGACCCUGACAGACAUUGCCCACGAGUACUGCUUGAAGUUCACCAAACUGCUGCGUUUUGCUGUGGAUCGAGAAGCUCGACUUGGGCACACCCCUUUCCCUGAUGUCAUGGAGCAGGUCUUCCAUGAAGUGGGCAUUGGCAGUGUGCUCUCGCUGCAGAAGUUCUGGCAACACCGCAUUAAGGAUUAUCACAGCUACAUGCUUCAGGUUAGCAAGCAGCUCUCUGAAGAGUACGAGAAGAUUGUCAACCCUGAAAAGGCAGCAGAAGACACAAAGCCUGUGAAGAUUAAGGAGGAACCUGUUAGUGAUAUUACUUUCCCCAUAAGUGAGGAGCUGGAAGGAGAUCUGGCUUCCGGUGACCAGUCUUUGCCUGUUGGAGUCCUUGGAGCUCAAAGCGAGCGCUUCUCUGCCAACUUGGAAGUAGAAGCUUCUCCACAGACUUCGGGGGCUGAGGUGAAUGCAUCCCCACUCUGGAACUUGGCACAGGUAAAAAUGGAGCCACAGGAAAAUGAGGAGACCAAUGUACAUGGCCACGGGGUCCUAGGCAGCGAUGUCUUUGAGGAACCAAUGUCAGGCAUGAGCGAAGCUGGGAUGCCACAGAGCCCCAAUGGCUCCGAGAGCAGCUACGGUUCUCAUUCUGCUGACAGUCUGAUGGGAUCCUCACCUGUCUUCAACCAGCGUUGCAAGAAAAAGAUGAAGAAGAUGUGAAAAGAGAUAGUCUUUUUAUUUAAUCCUGAUGGUAUGUAAUAGACUGGAAACAAACUAAGAGAGCACUGUGGUGGCUAUGAUUGAUAAACAGGGCUGGCCCUGGUGUAUGAGGGACAUUGCAUAAAAUUAUUAUGAGACAUUUGAUGUGUAGUGCACUUCAGCUCCCUGGUUUGCUGGGUUCUGUACUCCAGCCUGACUCAUGAGAUUGAAGAUCACCCUAUACAUUUGAUGGUGUCAUGGCUUGCUUUGGCAGAUUAAUGAGGAAGUUACCAGUGGAAAGUAGUUGUGAAGAGAUUUGCUAAGCCAUGGAAUCAUUGAAUAACUUGGGUUGAAGGGACGUCUUGAAGUUUCUGGUCUCUAGUCCAGCCCCCUGCUUGAAGCACAGCCAAUUAGAUCAAGUUGCUCAGAGCCUUGUCCAGUUGAGUUUUGAAUAUCUCCAAGGAUGGUGAUGCCAAACCUUUUUGGAUGUUUUCCCAUAUUUGACUACCAUCAUAGUAAGAAAAAAUAUAUUCUUGCAUUCAGUUGUAAUUUCCUGUGUUCUAACUUGCAUUCAUUGCCUCUUGUUUCUGUUCUGUUGUUGUUAAUUUCUGAGAAGAGUCUGACUCUGUGUUCUCUAACCCACCCAUUAAGUGGUUGCGUACAGUCAGAUGUCACUUAGCCUUUUCUCAAGUCGGAAGAAACCAAGCUCCCUGAGCCUCUUCUUGUACGUCCUGUGCUCCAGCCCCUAACCAGCUUUGUGGCCUCCCACUGAAAUUGCUGCGGUGCCCUCCUUGUACUGGAGAGCACAAAAGUGGAUGCAGUCCUCCAGAUAUGGUUUCACAAGUGUUGAGUAGAGAGAAAUAAUAAUUUUCUUUCAAGGUACUGGCUACAUUCUUGCUCACUUUUGUGGACAACAAGACAGUCUUAGGUCAGGCUAUUUCACUGGUUGGGGAGCCGUUGCUGCUGCUGAUAAUGACCUCGCAAAGAUGCUGUAGAGUGGCCUCACAGUGCCAACAGCCAGCUCCUUCAGUGCCGUCAGAUGCAUCCUGUCUGGUUCAUGGGCGUAGGUAUGUCCAUUUGGCUGACGUUCUUGCUAAUUCGAUCUUCCUCUACUGUAGGUAACUCUUUGCUAGUAGACCCAGGGACCUGGCAGCCCUGAAGGUAGACCUUACCAGUGAAAACAGGCAAAAAAAGGUGUUGAAUACAUCAGCCUCAAAGUACAAAGCACAUCCUUUGUCAUCAGGUUGCCUGCAUCGUUGAACAGUAAACCCAUGUUUUCUUUAACCUUUCUUUUGCUUCCAGUGUACUUAAAAAAGCACUUUACAUUUCUUACCAGUUUCAACUCCAGCUGAGCUUUGGCUUUCCUAACAGUGCCUGCAUGCUUGGGCUGUGUCUCUAUAUCCCUGCUGGCCAGCCCAUCCUCACUUCCACCUCUGUGUGCUUUUUCCUGUGUGUCUGAGCUGAGUCAGGAGUUCCUUGAUCAGCUGUGCUGGCCUUCUGUCAUGUCUGCUUUACUUUCUGCUUGUCAAAAAGGACUGUUCUUCUACUUUGAGAAAGCUGUGUUUGAAGAUAAGGCAGCACUCCUGGGCCCCUUUGGGAGGCCAGGGCAGUCCCUCAUGAGAUCCUGCCAAGAUGUUCCUUGAAUAAAGCAAAAUAUAUUGUCCUAAAGGUCCAGAACUCUGUUUGUCUUGUACAUGUUUCUCAGGAUUUAAAAUGCCACAGUUCCAUGCCUGCUGCAGACAAGACAUUCACAUUCUCCACCAAUUCUUCCUUGUUAGUGACAAGUCCAGCAGAGCUGCUUCUGUAGUUGAUUUCUUGAUCAUCCAGUCAGGGAAGUUGAUGUGAGAUUCUGGAGAGAAGGAAGCAGCUUUUACUGUUGGUGUGAGCCAGUACUGGCAAUGCAAAUUUUUCCUUUGCUCUCAUUGGAUUGAGUGCAGCAGCUUCAGGCUGGCUGAGAUUCCCUAUUCAAAGUUAUCUUGACAACUUAGUCUGAAACAGAAUCUAUUUUGCUGCUUGCUUUUAUGGCUCAGCUGACUGAUGGCAUUUUUUUUUUUUGUUCUGCACAAUCCUCAGUUGAUCAAUGCAGUCUUUAACUUGAUUCAGUCAGUAUUUCUCUCAGAAAACCUAGAAUAAGCAUGAAUCAAGAAUGAACAGCCACUUAAACUGGCUUUAUACCUGUAACCCAUUGGGAUGUUUGAGGGAGAUUUACCAAUCCUCCCAUUUGUCCUUACAAUUGCAAGUUUAUCUUUUGAAAGAAUGAGCUCCAGGCAUAGUAUUUUUGUUUCUGUAUAACAUGCCUAGCCUUAAUUCUUUUCUCCUAACUGUAUUUCUCUUCCACUUUAUAGAAGUGGAAGCCAAACAUAAAAUUCCUCAAUGUCUAAUAGGAAUGUGUGACCGCAGGCUUUUAUGGACAUUGGAGUUAAAAUUGUCCAUCACAGUUUUAAAGGUUUCUCCUGGGGGGUAAAUUCUAGCUAUUUGAAGCCUAGUCAGUAGUAGAACAGUGGACCAAUAUAUCAGGAAAUCUUUAUUUUGAUUCCCUCUGAGUCACCAUUAGGCAUGCUGCAGUGUCCCUGUUUUCUCAGCUGUAAAAAAGAGAACAGUAGUGCUUGCCUCUUAGAAGUGUGUUUGAGAUUUAGUUACAAUUCAAAAAAGGCACUGUGAUCCUUCAGAAAGUUUUGUGAGAGUUGUGAGCUUUUCUUCCAUUUGGGUAGGGCUGUUGCUGGCUGGAGAAUGCUUAGAUGGACACUGAAAGGUUACUGACCUAUAUGAUACUGGUUUUAAGCAACAGUGCUUAUCAUGAAGAAAUAAAGCAGUUGUGCUGUUCAACUUCACAGGUACAAGGAAGGCAUUUGGGGUGGUAUUUUCUCACUCAGCUUUAGAUGUCUACAGCUAAAUUUGUUCCUCUGGGCCCCAUUUGCAGCUGAAGAGAAAUAGUCCUUCUCAGGUCACCAUUCUGGCCUUGAAGUAGAAGUACAAAGCAGGUCAGAUGAAUGGCAUUUUUAGAAAUGUCUAUUUUUCCUUUGUGUGCUCAUAAAGUGAGUUCAACUUGACUACCUCAGCUGAAGACAUCCACACCAUCAAUGUCUGAGUUAAGUGACCUGACUUUAGCCCUUCCUGUCUGGGAAUCAGAGGAGACAUUCUCCUGCUGGGCCAGUCCUUUUUCUCUUCUACACGUUUUGUAGAGCUUGCCAUUAAAAUGGUAGUACUGGGCUAAAAGCAGACUGCCCAUCUUACCUAAACCAGCAGAUCCAGUAUUCUCCACAACACACAGAAUGUGGUAGGCUAGGGCCUCAAGACUCAGCUCAGUUUGGCCCUUGUGUCUUUGAUACUGUGUGAGAACACCUGACGCCUGCCAUUGGGCCUUUCUCUGUAGAUGCUUUGCCCAUCUGUUGUAGUGAAGUAUUCUUGAGGCUGGGGCACUUAAGCCCCUUGCACUGUUUUCAGGAGCUGGAGGACAGAGUGACUGCCACCAGCAUCGCUUGCUCAUUUGCAAGAUUUCAAAUGUGCUAAAAAUGAAAAUCUGCUGUUCUCCAGGGCUUUGCUUAAACCUCCUAAGAAGCAAUCUUAAGUGCUUUCUUUAUAUUGCUCAUGUACAGAUGUUCUGUCUUACUUUUAAUCGUGGUUUUGUAUUUCACAUCCCUUUUCCACACCCAUUUCACCCUGUAACACACACUCUGCAAGAAGCCAAGCCUGAGUGCUUCAAGUAUAUUUAAAUACAGUGGAAAUUCACCCUCCAUUGAUUCAGCUGUGUCAUUGCAGCGUAAGAGAGGUGUUAUUGAUUCUCUUUAGGCUGCAUGUUUAUGCAGAGAUGAGAAAUGCAUCAGCAUCGCUUGUACAUUUAAAAAUGAUGGCAGAGUAAAAUCUGUAUCUCCCAUUCCUGCAUUAUGCUAAGUGUUGCUUCUGAUAUUUGUGUGCUUGAUGUUUCCUUUUAUGCCUGUGGAAGCUUUACCUUCUGAGUGAGCCCUUCCCCUUUGAAUGUUUACCAUCCUUAGAUUUACAGCGGUGUUCAUCAUGCAUGAAAUUGUGAGCUAGAUUUGAAAUUUCACUAAGUCUGAUACAGACAAUAUGCUUUUUUGAUGAAUCAAGUAAGAUUUUGCUAGGUGUUAAUGCAGCCUUGGGCAACUAGCGAGGAAUUCAUUGACCAUGUAAUCCCCAAAUUUCAAGCCACAGUUAGAUUAUGCAGUGGGUUGGAAUGAAGCUCAACUCUCGCAGUUGUUUUUUUGCUGGUUGCUGGUAAAGUGCUCUGCCAACCCACCCGCUUCAGUAGUCUGCAGUUUUGUUGGUUCUUUCAUGUUUCUCCCUUCUUUUCCCAAAGGUGUGUGGAUGGCAAACUGCAAUACUGAGUAUUGACCAUGUCCAUAUCCAGUAGCAUUGAUGUCUUUAGUGAUUUAUUUUGCCAUGAUUGAAAUUGGUGGGAACGUUGAUAUCAAUUUGGAGAGCAAGAUCUGUGAAUUACUUGGCUUUUGAAGUGUUUUGCAUGGAGUUGUACAGGAUUGUGGUUGAGGGAGCGCUGCGUAUCAUGUUCCUUUUUACCUCCAGCAAUACCUUUUUAUUCCUUUUGAAGAAGUUUGCCUGAUAUCCAGCAAAGUUCACUGUAUAAAUGACAGUGUAACGACUUCAGUAUACAGCUGUAUGUCAGACUGUGCUGCCUAGUGAUUUAAUUCCAAGACCAUCCAUACUAAUUUGAAUAUGCAUAAUACUGUGCAGAAACAGAGAUGUUUCCUGCAUAGAAAUUUAUGAUUUAAAAAGAAAACAGGAAAAUAAGAUUAGGUAGGGUAGGUGAGGCCAAUCUGAUUAUCUGCUUAAUUCUGAGACUAAUGCACAUGUUAUGUGUGAAGGAUGUUUUACUUAAAAUGGCUUUGUACAUGCAUGUGAAUGUAAUAUGUAUGUAACUUUGCUUGUGUUUAUAUGGAACAAAACUGCUUGGAAGUAUUUCAGGGUUCUUUUUUUUCCCUUGCUCUCCCGGAGAGAGUUUCUUUGUAAUUUCUAAUAAAAAAAAAAUAAAAAAAAUUACUCAGAAAUAAAAAUCCUACAGGUGUCGUG